CAAACCGCUCUGAGUCUCUCUGUUUACAUCUCACACACUGAGUUAUGGGGGAAUUUUGGACAUUUCUGUGCUAUUCCCCUUUAAAACAGUUGAAUUUACUGAUUAGAAGGAAGUGUUGAUACUUUUGGACGCAUAUUUAAAUAUUUAAUUGUAUAAAAUCCAUUUUAAAUUAUAUUAAAAUUUAUUUAUUUGAUAUUAAAAGUGUUUUAUUUGAUCCAGAUCGGCUUUAUUAGCGCACCGCUUUAGAGCCAUUGUUCACACCCGUUUCCAGUCAAACCCCGCCCCCUGCGCUGUCAUUGGCUUACAGUGACGCCUCACUGCGCUGUGAUUGGACGAUGGAGCUGCUGAGGCUGAAGGUGUUGAUCGGUAUGUAAGAGAGGAGUUUCCGUUAUCGCUCAUCCGGGUACAAUAUCUGGACCAAAUCACGUGAUCACACCAUAUUUAUCUCUUUAAAUUAUUAUUUUUUGUUUUUUUGUUUUUUUUUAAGUCUUAUCUAUCUUUGUGCAGCUAACAGCACGAGGAGAACAGCCAAUCACAGCGCGGGUGGGCGGGGUCUGACGGAAUACGGGUGGUAAAAGUAGAAUAUAAAUAUAUGCAUGAACAUAGCGCGCGAGCAGCAGGAGAAGCAGAGCGCGGGAAUCAUUUGCACGGGAGCUGCACGCAGAGGGAGCAGGCUUGGCGGGAAUGAGCGGCUGAGAGGACGUUAACGAUGCCUGUUCUGAACCUGAUGGGAGACUCCGCCCCUGAUCCUUCGCUCACCCCCUCUCUCUCUCCAUCCACCUCCUCCUCUUCUUCCUCUUCCUCUUUCUCUCUUCCUUCACUCUCCUCCAUCUCUUACUCCUCCCUCUACCCCUCCUCCCUCCCUCCAUCCCUCUCCUCCUCCCUCUCUCCCUCUAACUGCUCGCUCGCCCCCUCCCCCUCCUCCCCUCCCUAUAACUUCUACGCGGUGUUGCUGGUGCUGCUGAUCUUCUGCGUGGUGUUCGGGAAUGUUCUGGUGUGUGUGGCCGUGUCGAGGGAGAAGUCGCUCCAGACCACCACCAACUACCUCAUCGUCUCCCUGGCUGUGUCUGACCUGCUGCUGGCCACGCUGGUCAUGCCCUGGGGCGUCUACCUGGAGGUUGUCGGUGAAUGGAGGUUCAGCCGAAUCCACUGUGACAUCCUCCUCACUCUGGACGUCAUGAUGUGCACGGCCAGCAUCCUCAACCUGUGCGCCAUCAGCAUCGACAGGUACACGGCUGUUGCCAUGCCGAUGCUGUAUAACACGCGGUACAGCUCCAGAAGGAGGGUGGCUCUGAUGAUUGCGGUGGUUUGGUUUCUCUCCUUUGCUAUUUCCUGCCCCCUGCUGUUCGGACUUAAUAACACAGCGAGUCUGGAGGGAAAGGACUGCAGCUUUGCUGACCCGGCCUUCGUGGUCUACUCAUCUGUCGCCUCCUUCUACAUUCCCUUCAUCGUGACCCUGCUGGUGUACGCGCAGAUCUGCGUGGUGCUGCGCAGGCGAGGCAGACGGACGGCGCCACCCCGCAGACACGGCCUGCGCUCCGAGCCCGCAGACGCUCUCCGACAGCACAAGAAUAAAUGCACUCAUCCUGAAGACGUGAAACUCUGCACUCUGAUCGUGAAGCCUCCUGCAGCGCCGCCCCAGCGCAAAAAAGUGACGCUGGUGAAGGAGGCGAUGGUCCACCCCCUGGAGGCGGAGCCUGUGUGCUUUCAGCAGCAGCAGCAGGCUAAAAUCUCCCUCUCUGUCUCUGUGGCGCCCAGCCCCGCCCCCCCAUGCCCUGCCCGGUCCGCCCUGCAGGACGGUGCACACGCACGGCCGGGAUGGAGGGAGCGGGCCGGAGAGAGAGAGAAGGGGGGAGUGGUGAAGGAGAGAGUGAGGGGACGACUGUCUCAGCAGAAGGAGAGGAAAGCAACACAGAUGCUAGCCAUCGUUUUAGGUGUGUUCAUCAUCUGCUGGCUGCCGUUCUUCUUGACCCACGUGCUGAAGGCCCACUGCGGCAGCUGCUGCAUUUCCCCCUCGCUCUACAGCGCCGUCACCUGGCUGGGGUACCUGAACAGCGCCGUGAACCCCGUCAUCUACACCACCUUCAACAUCGAGUUCCGCAAGGCCUUCAUCAAGAUCCUGCACUGCUGA